UAGAAUACUAUAUUCUUUGAUUUAUAUGAAUGAAAUUUAUUAAGAUCAAUAAUUUUCUACAAAUAAAAUUAUUCGAAAUAAUAAUUUGUUAAGAAGAUAGAAAAAAGAAAGAGGGGAAAAAAGCAGAAACAAUUUUUUAAGAGAUUUUUUUAUUCUCCAAUAACUUGAAAUAAACAACACAACGAAGAUCCCAUGUGCCGCCAUUUUAGUCAACAGUAACGAAAGGCUUAACACUAUGAAAAUUGUUGCAUUAACUUUAUUGCGGUUAUAUCAAUGGAAUUGAUAUUAAUAAAAUCUAAGCCAGAAAGGCCGUAUUUGUUUAAAACACACAGUAAGAUUUUGGCAAUAUCCUGCAAGCAGUUUCGAAUCUUAAUGAUUUUUAUAACUGCAUGGAAUUUAUGUUGAUGGUUGACAGAGAGACAGAUUUAUAAGUACUACAAGAUGCCAAAGUCACGUACUGCUUCACAAUCGGUCUCAAGCAAUAGACCGCUUCAUAUGACAUUGAAUUUGGAAUGCGUCGAAGAACCAUUGAGCGAAUCACAAUUAAAACAAAGAGAAAAGUUACAAGAAGAUUGUCAGAAGGUUGCAUCUACUUUGGAGCAAUUAGUUUUAGAUCAUGGAGGGAAAAUAGUAUGUCAGUCUGGAUCCGUAAAUGGAUAUCAAUAUACACUCCCUCCUAAUACGCAGCAAUCAAUUCUAAAGAAUCCACCGCCAUUGCUAAAUGUUAAUCAAAAUACAGGUCAACCAAUAAAACUUAAUAUGGUAAAUAAUACUAACGGUGCCCAAGGGAAUAUUCAACUGGUCGUUGAUCCACGAGUAGGAGUUAUUCUUGGACAAGUUACUCAACAAGGCAAUACGUCAACAACAACGGCUAUGUCAACUUCAGUGUCGUCUGCUCAACCUCAAUCAGAAAAUUACAAAUACACUAGAUCCGGACGUCGAACUAAAGUUCUACAAUUACAAUCGCAACAACUUGAUAUUAUAGAGGAGCCUGUUCCAGUACCUUCCACAGUACCUUCUACAGUACCUCCUGCAGUUCCAUCUGCAGCUCCUCCUGCGGUUCCACCCGCAGCUUCUCCUGCAACUGCUCCUCGUGGACGAUCGAAAGGUGGCCCUACGACUCAUGUUGUAUCUUCAACUACUACUACUCCGCAAGGUGUUACAAAUCUCCGAAUAAAAACUGUCAACAAACCACAAGUAACAAGUCAAACAACAUUAAAUUCCAAACCUACCGAACAGACUAGUAUAGGUGGUAUAUCGGUUGGAAUCAAAAAUACAGUUUCCGAGCAAAUUGAUGAAACAAAAAAGAAUCUUCCCGAUAGUAAAGAAUUUACUUUUAAUAAAAUGACCGGUGGUAGAACUUUUCCUUCAUUGGUUGUUGUGGCGAGACCUAAUCUUCGCACAAAAGAUAUCGCACCGCAAGUCGCAUUGAAGGAAAGAUCUGAACUAGAUAUGAAAGUAAAAAGUGUACUUAUGUAUUCCGCUACAAAAUUUGCCGAAUGGUUAAUUCAACAAGGUCUAGUUCGUGCCGAACAACAUUGUAUAUUACAUAGUACAAAUUAUCAAAAAGAAAAGCUUAAAUUAGGAAUGUAUAGCGAUCAAGGUAGAUUCCCAUAUUCCGGAGGAUACGUGUGGAUUUCUAAUUGUUGUCCAGAUCGCUUUGUUUCUAUCUUUUCUGGUUCUAUUUUCCAAGGAGCACCAUACACUCCUACAGUACUUUUAAAACUUAUUUAUCAUUGGGCAUGUCAAACCAAUGUACAAAAUGUAGUUUCUUGGGUCAAAGUUUCCAAUAUAUAUGUAAAAAAUUUUUAUACAAAUUUGCGUAGUGUAUGUACAGCUGCAAUAUGGGAUAAAAGUAGAAUGAUGGGUGGAAAAAAUUCAAUGAUACAAGUAGGUGUUAUCAGUUUAGGUACUACUUCCCAGGAUGGAAAUUUACGUCAGGUGAAAGUUGAAGUUCUUGGUGUAUUAGAUAUGACUACGUUAGAAUUAAGAUUGCGUGCUUGUGAUCCAGUACAAGAUGGAGAAAGAUCGUACAAGAGAAGAUUUAAUAAUAUUCUUCAUCCAUUGAAAAAUUGGGUACACACAGAUUCGAGAAUUAUGACGGACUUUACGGUUGACAAAAGUACUUUACAAGAACUUGGUUUUCUUAACGUAACCCAAUCAGCAUUUUCUGAUCAAAAUCCUCGAAAUUUCAUGAGCAAUUAUCACAUAAUGGAAUAUUUAAGAAAAAUAGUUCCAAGGAUGUUUCAAAAUACAUUGAGCUUACUGAGUAGACAAAUGAUACAACAAUUCUUGGAUGAACUUGUUUGGAGAGAAAUGUACAGUGCUACUGCGGCACGUGCAUUUGACAAUAUUGUACUUCAUAUAUCUGAUCAAACCAAGAUAGACUCUAGCGAUUCUAUGCUAGAACGUCUUGCCAAAAUUGCGGCUAAUCCGUUCCAAGACUGGUCUUAUUCCAAAACUAAACCUCCUCCUCCUCCUCCUCAAACUCAAACUCCAUUAAAUUCACUAAUGAUAAAUAAGGAUCUACAACAGACAAAUUCUGAAAGAACAACAGUUCACAAUGCUAAACAAACGGAAUCUACUUUAAUAAAACCUGGUCCUAAAAGAGGAAGAAAAAGAGUUGUAGCUACAGCGGCUAGUCCAGAGCCAGAAGCAAAAAAAAAUACUUCCGAUACGAAAAGUAUUAAGGAAAAAGACAGAGAAAAUAAAACUGAACAAAUACAACUUCAACAAUGUUAUUAUGCUACUAUGGAAGGUGAUCAAAAUGUAUUGUUAAAAGAGAAUAAGUCUUUGUUACAUUUUAAGUGUUUUCUCUGUACUGCUAUAAUGCGCUCUAAUACUGAAAUAAUGGAACAUAUAAUAAGUCAUGUACCACCUCAAGUACCGGAUCAAUUAGAAUUUCCUGUAUGCCGUUAUUGUUGCACAACAUUUUCUUCCAAACAUCAGGUGGUAACUCAUAUUUCGGAAGCUCAUAGUACAUUUGGUAAAUCUGCUGGUGAUAUGGUUGUAUGUGCUAUAUGCGAACAGAAAUUUGGUAAUAGCCAUUUAUUGAUUAAUCAUUUAGCAAUGAUGCAUUGUCCUUCAGAAAUGCCAUAUCAAUGCAAUACCUGUGGUUAUAGAACAUCUAGUCACAAAGAUAUUAUAGAUCAUUAUUAUAAAAUUCAUGAAAAGGGUGAUGGUUUGCAAUGUCCAUUUUGUCUAAAGGUAAUAGAAUUUAUUGUCGAUGGACAAACUAAUGCAUCAAGUAUACAUUCGUUUUUACUUCAUAUGCAAAGACACAUUGUCAGGAAAGAACAAGGACGUGGAAAUAAAUGUCCAAGGUGUUGUUUAUGGUUUAAUCAAAAAAGUUCAUUGAAAAUUCAUCAAAGAGAAUUACACAAUUCUGUUAUCAAUUCGAAAGUUGUACCAUUUAAAACGACUGAAAAAGAAAUAGUGUUAUUGAAACAACGACCUGUGAUAAGAAGAUUUGAUGUAGAAAGUCCUCUUCCUGAAUUACCAAGAGACGAAUGUGUCAAAAAGUGGAGUACAGGACCAAUUUCGGUUAAUGCUUCUAGUAGUCACUUACCAUGUCAAGAAUGUGAAGAAGAUAUCGAUGAACAGGAUCAUUAUCCCGGAGAACAAAGGUGUCAACAGUGUCGUUAUGUAACAUGUUGUUGGCGUGCAUUUAAAGAACAUUUACAACAAAUUCAUAACGAAAGACCUAUGACCAGUUUAAUUGUUCCAUCUCCACUUAUAAAUAUUCCAUUGGAAAAGAAAAUGCAAUGUCGAUGUGGUUACACAACAAACGAUGGAAAUCAAUUGGCCAUACAUUUAAUUAAAUGUAAUGAAAUGACGGCUUAUCCGAUAGAAGAAUCAACACCAUCGGGUAUGCUUGAUAGUUUAGGUCUUGUUCCAAAAAAUGUAUCCGAUUCUUUAAGUAUUAAAUAAAUUGUAAGUAUACAAAGAUACUAAUAUUGUAACAAUAAUAAUAUUUGCAAUGAUAUCA